AGAGAAGACUGAAGAAGUGUCCAGACAGGCUGAUGGACUCAGUUGGUAAGCUCCACUUGCUCACCAUGACUGCCGAGAGUCCGAUGCCUGGAGACUUGGCUCUAGCUCCCCUGGUCACUUGCAAACUCUGUCUGUGUGAGCAUUCUCCAGACAAGAUGACCACCCUCCAGGAAUGCCGGUGCAGCUUUUGCACAGCUUGCCUGAAACAGUAUAUGCAGCUGGCAAUCCGAGAAGGAUGUGGCUCUCCCAUCACUUGCCCUGACAUGGUGUGCCUCAGCCGCGGAACCCUGCAGGAAGCCGAGAUUGCCUGUUUGGUACCUGUGGAUCAGUUUCAGCUUUAUCAGCGGUUAAAAUUUGAACGAGAGGUUCACCUGGACCCUUACCGGACAUGGUGUCCCAUCGCAGACUGUCAGACAGUGUGCCGUGUGGCAUCGAGUGACCCAGGACAGCCUGUGCUGGUGGAGUGUCCUUCAUGUCACCUGAAGUUCUGCUCUUGUUGCAAGGAUGCUUGGCAUGCAGAAGUCUCCUGCAGGGACAGUCAGCCUGUCAUCCUGCCCACAGAGCACGGGGUCCUCUUUGGGACAGCAGACGUGGAAGCCCCCAUUAAACAGUGCCCUGUUUGCCGGGUUUAUAUCGAACGCAACGAAGGCUGUGCUCAGAUGAUGUGUAAGAACUGCAAGCACACGUUUUGCUGGUACUGUCUCCAGAACCUGGACAACGACAUUUUCCUCAGGCAUUAUGACAAAGGACCAUGUAGGAACAAACUGGGCCACUCCAGAGCAUCAGUGAUGUGGAACCGAACACAGGUGGUGGGGAUUCUUGUGGGGUUGGGCAUCAUUGCCUUGGUCACGUCACCCCUUCUGCUCCUGGCCUCCCCCUGUAUAAUCUGUUGUGUUUGCAAGUCUUGUCGGGGCAAGAAGAAAAAGCAUGGCCCAUCCACAACCUAA